AAUUGCGCUUGACCGUCGUACUGUACGUAUCGAGUCCCUCAACGUAAUAAAGUCGUUAAGAUGUCUGGACGUGGCAAAGGUGGCAAAAUAAAGGGCAAAGCGAAGAGCCGUUCUAAUCGAGCUGGGCUGCAGUUUCCCGUGGGUCGUAUUCAUCGAUUGUUGAGAAAGGGAAAUUACGCCGAACGCGUCGGUGCCGGUGCACCGGUGUAUUUGGCCGCCGUGAUGGAAUACCUCGCCGCUGAAGUAUUGGAAUUAGCUGGGAACGCGGCCCGCGACAACAAGAAAACGAGAAUUAUCCCGAGACACUUGCAACUCGCUAUCCGUAAUGACGAAGAACUGAAUAAAUUACUAUCAGGCGUCACUAUUGCGCAGGGAGGUGUUUUGCCAAACAUUCAGGCAGUGCUGUUGCCGAAGAAGACGGAAAAGAAAGCGUAAUUAUAAAUCGGCGAUGUGAGACAACAACUUACGGUUAGCCACGGAUCCACAGAUUAUUACAAAUGGCCCUUUUCAGGGCCCCAAAAUAUUUAUACAAUGGUAUGAUCUCGGUCGCUUCGAGUUUAUGAAAGAAUUUACGCUUUGUGAUUUUAAUUUUCCAAAGUUAAACAAGUAUCGUGGAAUAGGCUUCGUAAACUUUUGAUAAAAAAACGAUAUUUAAUAAA